AUUUAACGCAUGCGUAAGAGCAGCCCCACCCCCCAACACAGCAAAGUUGUGCAAAAGUCUUCCCAACUUCAGCGGGUGAAUGGUCCUUUAGAGAUGUGCAACUUCCCCAUCUACUGUCUGGUGCUCUUACCAGCAUUGCUAACCCCAUCACAAGCACAGAGCAUGGACACGGCCGAGCUAGUAGGGGUAGCGGCUGUGUGCGGAGGAACAGCAAUCAUUAUUCUCAUCAUCUGGAUCGCCAUCUGCUACAGCCUUUACAAGGGCGAGAGGGACUUCUGCAAACUCAAAAAGGUUAAUAACCAAACUUGUGCCAAGAAAAGGGUGCAUUCAAUUUGACUUGGUUAGGAGCGCUGGGAUGUCAAUCUGGUUCUGGUGCUAACACAUUUUUGGACCCAUUGUAGCCUAUGUAUGGAUUGACAAAACCAGUUCUUUCCACGUCCAAUAGUCAUAAAGUGUACAAUGUAUUUCAGAAGCUGCGUCAGAGGAGGGAACAGUAUCGCAGAUAUAGACAAAGGCUACAGAUACAGCAACUCCAGCGACGACAGAGAACCAGGGCCAGUACAAGACCAUCCAGGAGCAUACCCACCAGUCCUACUGAUGAACCUGUCGAACAAGAAGCUGUGACACCGCCUCCAUUACAGAGAAAUGAACCUCCACCAGCAAGUACUAAACGUCCACCUCUGUCUCAGCUCUUUCCACUUUCCCCUCAUCCACCACCUCCUCCUCCUUCCACAUUGCCCAUUCCUCUACUAGAGACAAGUACCAAUGCACAACAACUGCCGUCUCCUACAAGAUCUGAAGUGACGAGGGAGACUUGUAGUGAGGCUGAAAGAGAUCCUAACAUUGAGACACAUACAGCACUGGGUGGAGACAGUAAUGUCAGGAGUGAAAGUAGUGAAACAUCAAAUGGAGUGGGUGGAAAGCGAGUCCAUUUCAGUGAAUGUAGCACUGGUGGUGAGGGUGCGAAGAAUAACCAGUCAACUGCAGUACCACAUGUGGAAAGAUGAGGGCAGAUCUGAUUUGCAGUACCAACCACAUGAUCCUGAUGAGAACCAACCUACCAGCGAACACCCGGGCACAAGAAAAAGUGGAGCUAAUGUGGGUCAGCACUAUUCCCCAAAGUUCCUGCGAGAGGACGAGGAGGUUGAUGUGACACUGGAUGAGAGCAGCUCUCCUCCCAGAUACAGCUGGCUGUUCACUGACACAGGUGACCACCGGUCAUCUCAUGGUAUCAAUGUCUGGAGGACAUCGUUGGUAGGAAGAAGAAGAGGAGGAAGAGCAGACGGCAGUGGGAGGGGAGAUGGAGGGAGAGAGGACAUGGCUGCUUUUGGACAGAUCAGCACUUGGCCUCAGUUUACAAUCUGAUUGUUGUUUUCUUCAAUUGGCAAAUUAAAUUAAUUAUGGCUAUUAUUACUGUGCUGUAUUUUUUGAAGGUCACUCUUGACUUCUCAACU